CAAUUAUAGUUCGACACGGUUUGCUAGCGUUUAUUCACUUUAUUGCAUCAGCUUUGAUUGUGUUUACGAGGCAUGUUAUAACUUUUAUAACAUUCUACACUUUUAACUUGGGAAGAAAUUAAAGCAAAUUUUAACAAGAUUCCUGUUGCUUCUACUGUUAAAUUUUUUUCAAUAUGUGUGGAAUUUGGGCAAUAUUCGGAACCUCAGAGGAUAUUUCGGAAUACUUCAAUUGUGCUCUGAAGAUCGCUCAUCGUGGUCCAGAUUGUUUUCGUCUAGAGAGUAUCCCAAAUUUUGGUAACUCCUGUUUGGCUUUUCAUCGUCUUGCGAUUGUUGACAGCGUCUACGGAAUGCAGCCGAUGCGAGUGUUUACCCUCCCUCACCUUUAUGUCAUCUACAACGGGGAGAUUUAUAACCACAAAGCAUUAGGAAAGCAGUUUGGAUUUAAUUAUCAAACCAAGUGCGACGGAGAAGUGAUUUUGCAUUUGUAUAACGAGUUUGGUGGAGAGAAGACGGCGCAAAUGAUGGAUGGUGUCUUUGCCUUUGUUGUUGUGGAUACGUCGAAAAAAGAAAUCCACCUUGGUCGCGAUACUUUUGGCAUUCGGCCGAUGUUUAUGCUAAAGUCGAAAGAUCAAUGUUUAGCAAUUUGCUCUGAAGUCAAAGGCUUAAUGAAGUUGCAAAAAGACUUGGAUAAUAUGAAAACUGUUAUCGAGCCUUUUCUUCCGGGUCAUCAUGCAAGCCUAUCUUUCAACGAUGAUGGAGUGGCAAUGAUUAAGAAGAUGGGUCCUUACACAAGCUUGACCAAGAUACCAGAAUUUGAUUUUUCUUUCAAUGCAAAAAGUGACAUUAAAGAAAACAUUAGAGCCCUGUUUACCGAAGCCGUUCGCAAGCGUCUCAUGUCUGACAGACGUAUAGGAUGUCUUCUGUCCGGUGGACUGGAUUCCAGCCUCGUUGCUGCUAUAUUGGUGAAGCUCGCACGCGAAUCAGGAAUAUCGUAUCCUAUUCAAACGUUCUCUGUCGGAAUGACUGGAAGUACUGAUCUUGCCGCUGCUAGAAAGGUUUCUGAAUAUCUUGGUACAGAGCAUCACGAGUUAGUUUUCUCUUCUGAAGAAGGUCUUGCCGCAAUUCCUGAUGUCAUAGAAUAUUUAGAAAGCUAUGAUAUUACCACCGUUAGAGCCUCAGUUGGGAUGUAUUUAAUUAGUAAAUACAUUCGCGAGAAGACAGAUACUGUGGUAAUAUUUUCUGGUGAAGGUUCAGAUGAACUAGCACAAGGAUAUAUCUAUUUUCACAAAGCACCUUCCGCUGAUGAAGCUGAUCUUGAGUCGAAGCGUCUUAUGGAAGAUCUUUAUCUUUAUGAUGUUCUUCGUGGUGAUCGUUCUACUGCUGCUCAUGGCUUAGAAAUCAGAGUUCCAUUCCUCGAUGUUGCUUUCACAUCCUAUUUUCUCUCGUUAAGUCCACCUAUUCGUCAACCACAGAAUAAAAUUGAGAAGUACCUCCUUCGUUCUGCAUUUGACGGACAAGGCUUGCUUCCAAGUGAGAUCCUUUGGCGCCCAAAGGAAGCCUUUAGCGAUGGCGUGUCGUCCACAAAAGCUGGCGAAUCCUGGUACGAGAUUAUCCAGAAGCAUUGCAAGAGAGUCGUAAGUGAUAUUAAACUGGAGACGGCAGCCCAACGAUAUCCAUUCAACUCUCCUAAGACCAAGGAAGCGUAUUACUACCGUAAGAUCUUCGAGAAUAAAUACCCUGGUCAGAGUCAUUUGAUUCCGUAUAUGUGGUUGCCAAAGUGGUCUGAGAGUCAAGAUCCCUCAGCACGUACCUUGGCUCAUUACACCCAACCAUGAAAUACGAACAUCAACGUCUAGCAUGCAGUAGACGUUUCUUCAUAAAAUCCCAGUAUGUCUGAAAAACCUUUAUAACUCGUGUGAAAUAUAGUACACCUAGUUGUAGAGUUACUAAAUAAAAAUUGCUGCUGUUCAAGUUAACAAAAAAUUUGAAAUUUGAUUGCAGCAAAAAACCUCGCAACUAAAACCUCGUUUA